AUGCUGACAAAGCAAUUCCCUGAUUCUCUCUUUUUCAUCCGAAACAUCGAAAACCUGAGCCCGUUGCAAGUGCUACACCUCAACAGCAUUGCCUUCAAUGCCAACAAUCUGCUGCAGUCAUUGAGGGCAUUUUCAGCCCUGAAGACCCUCUAUUUUCAAUCUAGCAAGUUUGAAGGAACAAUUACUGUUCAAGAGAUUUACAACCAUAGCAAUUUGGAGGAGUUGAUUAUGGAUUACUCUUCUCUUGAUAAGAAAUUUCUUCAAGGCAUAAGUGGGAUGACUUCCCUUGAGGUCCUAUCUUUGUUCAGCUGUGACCUCAACGGCACCCUACCAGUUCAAGAAGUAGAUGUUAGUGGAAAUGAGCUUGAAGGGAUCCUUCCUUUGUGCAUGGGAAACUUGACAUCUCUUCGACUAAUCGAUCUCUCUUCCAACCGGUUCACCGGAGAUAUUGCCUCGUCUUCCCUUACUGCUCUCACACUGCUCGAAUACCUUUCAUUUUUAGAUAACAGCUUCCAAAUCCCUGUUUCAUUCAGCUCAUUCGUUAACUUUUCGAACCUUAAGAAUGACUUGAGAGUUCUUGAUCUCUCCCACGACUACUUGCAAGGAAAGUUCCCUUCUUGGCUGUUACAGAACAAUACAAAACUGAAAGAUUUGAACCUUAGAGAUAAGAACUUCACAGGGCCAUUCCAGCUACGCUCUCGUCCAAAUCCUGAAAUUUUGAGACUAGACCUUUCCAAGAAAGACAUACCAGAUCCAACAAAUAUGACUUCUGUCUUUCCAAAUUUAAGAAUACUAAACUUGUCAAGAAAUAUAUUUGAAGGUAAUAUACCUUCAUAUUUUCAUGAUAUGAAAUUCCUUUGGGCGUUAGAUCUGUCUAACAACAAUAUGUCAGGAGAAAUACCAGAGCACUUGGCUGUGGGUUGCUUGUCGUUAAUUUUUCUCAAGCUAUCAAACAAUAAGUUCGAAGGGCAAAUAUUUCCCCAAGUUGUGAACUUGCCAAAGUUGGAAUGCUUGUAUUUGGAUGGUAAUCGCUUCUCCGGAGGGAUCCCAGAUAGCUUGUCAAACAUCAGCUUGUUAGUAUUGGACCUCACUAGUAACAAUAUGUCUGGCAAACUUCCAAGAUGGAUAGGAAAUAUGUCAAGCACAAAAGAGAUUGCAAUAUCCAAUAAUAAUCUUCAAAGCUCUAUUCUAGUAGAGUUCUGCAAACUUGACAACCUUUUGUUUCUAAACCUUUCUGAGAACAAUCUGACUGGAUCAAUACCAUCUUGCUUCAACCCCUCCAACAUAAAGCAUGUCCAUCUGUUUAAAAACCGGCUAACAGGCCCAAUUACACGUGCUUUCUAUAAAAGCACUUCUUUGGUCACAUUAGAUCUUAGAGAUAACUAUUUAUCAGGCAGCAUUCCAAAAUGGAUUGGCACCCUUUUGGAGCCAAGUAUUCUUCUCUUGAGAGCUAAUUGA